CACAACAGCGAAGCAUCAAAGAUGGCGGGAGCCCCCGACCCGCUGGAGGACAUGCUGUCCACCGAGGUGGACGAGAAGGCGGUCAGCGACCUGGUGGGCUCCCUGGAGUCCCAGCUGGGGGACAGAAACCUCCCCGCGGCUUCUGAUCCGGACGGGAAGCGGGACGUGGCGGCGGUCGGUCGCCUCUCAGGGAAAGCGGGGUCUUCGGAGCCUCAACAAGGGCACCAAACCGCGGGGUCGACCCGGGAACCGGGCGCCAACCAGCCUCUGUCCGGGCAAACCGUUCCCUCCUCUGUUACCGCCGGGGCAAUAAGAAACACCGGAACCGGUUUGCAAGCGACAGGAGCGCCCUCUUUGACCGCUUUACCCGUACCGGUAACUCUGAGCAGCCAGCCCGCUGCUAGCUUCCCCCGGGCUGCUGUCCUGGCUCCCAGCCCGGUGGAGGCGAUCCGGACCUCUUCCCCCAGCUUACAGCCCCUGAACGGCAGCACCGGAGCCGGGAAAGUGGAGGGCUCACCCGUUGCCCCUCCACCCGGCGCGACCUUGGCUUCACAACCCGGACUCCCUGCCCCUCAAUCCCCGGCGGGCUCCCCUGCUGUGACCCUACAGGGGCUCCCCAGCCCCGUGAUCAGCACCGCCCAGAACGGUUUGGACCCGAAGGGUUCAGCCUCCCUAUCAGCCGCUCAGGUCCUGAACCACAACAACCCUCUAAUGCACACCAAGAUGCUGGUGACCAGCACCCCGGCUCCUCCUGCAGCCCAGGCCUCCAUCAUCCAGACCCAGACCGCAUCCAGCACACCCCUCGCAGCUGCCAAGCCUGCCAUCAACGGGGUGGCUCAGACCGGGGUGAGGCCGCCCGGUGCUGCUGUUGGGGCGGCCGCCUCCAUCCAGCCGCAGAGACCCCAGCUGGUGACCGCCACAACCCGGCCGGCUGCCCCGCAGACCGCCCUGGCUGUCCGGCCUCAGCAGCAGACAACCAUCCAGCUGCCGCCCGGCUUCACCAUCCCUCCAGGUAUGGUUCUGGUCCGGACCGAGACGGGUCAGCUGGUCUUGGUUCCUCAGCAGGCUCUGGCCCAGGCUCAGGCCAAGCUGCAGCAGAGUCAGACGGUGGUCACCCAGAGACCCGCAACACCGCUGGCAACAUCGACUAUCCGGGUCAGCACCACCACCACGGCGCCUGGAGCCCCCCAGGCGGUCCGGCUGGCUGCACCCGCUCCCACCAGAAUAGUCCAGUCUCCUUCGACCACCUCUGUUCAGCCCCUCACAGUUCCUGCUGCCGGAGCCGUGAAGAUGCCGCCGCCUCAGAAAACCUCCACGGUGAUCACGGCAGGGGUGACGCCCACCGCCAAGCCCACAACGCUACCUGGCGGCGGCGCCACGCCCCCUCCCGCUGCCCCGCCUGGCUCCAGGGUCACUGUGGUGUCGCAGGAAAUGCAGGAAAACGUGAAGAAAUGCAAGAACUUCUUGUCCACGCUCAUCAAGCUGGCGUCACAUAACUCCCCAUCUCCCGAUACGUCCAAGAAUGUGAAGACCCUCGUUCAGGACCUGCUUGACGCAAAGAUCGAACCCGAGGAGUUCACGUCUCGGCUGCAGGCUGAGCUGAAGUCCUCCCCACAGCCCUACCUCAUCCCCUUCCUCAAGAAAAGCCUCCCUGCUCUGCGUCAGACUCUGCUCAACAGCCAGCAGUCUCUGACGACGGCUCCGCCCACCACCUCUGCUCCGCCUCCAGUCGCCCCCGGCUCCCUCACCGCAGCAGCCAUCCGGCCGCGGCUGCCUGUCAACGCCACGGGAACCACGGUCCGCCUGACUCCACCCAUCACAAACACGGCUGUGGGCAGACCUACAGUCCAGACCAUCCAGACCCGUUCUCCUGUGGUCCUCAGUCAGCAGAUCAGACAUCCAGCCACACUCUUACGGGGCCCCACCACCAUGGCAGGUAAAGCUCCUGUCCACCUGGCAGCUCAGGCCAAUCAGAAGAAACCGACUGACCCCGGGGGCGGGACCUUCAGAGACGACGACGACAUCAACGAUGUGGCUUCCAUGGCCGGGGUCAACCUUAACGAGGAAAACGCCCGUAUCCUAGCAACCAGCUCAGAGCUUGUCGGCACCAAGAUUCGGUCCUGUAAAGACGAAUCAUUUCUGCCGCCGGGCCUUCUGCACCGCCGCAUUCUGGACUCAGCCAAGAAGCUGGGCGUGACGGAGGUGCCUCUGGAGGUUGUGAACCUCAUCUCACACGCCACCGAAUCCAGACUGCGCUCGCUGCUGGAAAAGGCCUCUGUGAUCGCUCAGCACCGCACGGACGGCGCAAAGGAUGAAGGAAACCUGACCUAUGAGCAGUCGUCGGACGUUCGCUCCCAGCUGCGGUUCUUCGAGGCGCUGGAGCGGAUGGAGAAGCAGCGGAAAGACGAGCAGGAGCGCGAGAUGCUGCUGAAGGCCGCCAAGAGUCGGGCCCGGCAGGAGGAUCCGGAGCAGGCUCGGCUGAAGCAGAAGGCUAAAGAGAUGCAGCAGCAGGAACUGGCUCAGAUGCGACAGCGAGACGCCAACCUCACGGCGCUUGCCGCCAUCGGGCCGAGAAAGAAACGCAAGUUAGACUCAGGAGGCGGCGCUUCAGCAAGCAGCGAGGUGACGUCGGGAUCCGGUUCCGGCUCCUCUGCCUCCUCAUCCCGGCAGCAGCUCCGGCAGCGGAUCACUCGGGUCAACCUCAGGGACUUCAUCCUGUGUCUGGAGCAGGACCGCAGCACGGCCCGCUCCCUCAUGCUCUACAAGGCCCUCCUGAAGUGAUUGGCGCCCCCCGCUGGUCCUCCAGCGACAGCAGACAGGAGCAGUCCGGUUACAGAGCACUGCUGGAAAAGGAGAACUCCCAACCACCAGAAAUGGUUCUGCAAAGGAGGGAAGGUUCUGUUAGAUUUGACCUGUUCAGAGACGUUUAACCCGUUUAGUUCAGAACUGAACCAGAAUCAUGUUAGAACAUAUAGACAAAACGUUUUCUCACUCAGGGACAGUUUGGUUGUUUCAGAUCGGCCUGAUAAACAUGCACUGCAAAAACACAAAAUUUUACCAAAUAUUUUUGGUCUACUUUCUAGUGCAAAUAUUUUUAUCACACAUGAAAUGAGACAAAACUUACUCACAAGAAUGUUUUCAAAAGAUAUAGGAGCUUUUUUAAAGUCAAUAACUUAUGACCCAGUAUAAAAACGUACUAGUUCUGUUGUCUGUUAGAAAGACAUUUUUCCUUUGUUAUGAAUUUAAAAAGUCAGACAGUGGUGUUAGUCAUUUUUAUCAAUAUUCGAGA